GGCGGUCCCUGGGGGGUAGACCUCAGGGAGGAAAACAGUCGACUCUCACGCCCUCCGCUGCUGGAACCACAGAGACUGCUGGAACGGAACUGUGGGACCAGCAGACCUGGAAGGAUCUGAUCCAGACUGGCCAGAACGCCUGGUCUGAUCCAAAGCAGCAACGCUACAGAACCGAUCCACCAGGACCGGUACCAGAACCUGAGUAGAAUCCUCAGCCUGGUUUUUAUUUCUCUGAUAGAUAUUUUAAAGUAGACAGACGGAAUAACCCAAACAUCCAUGGCUGCUGUCCUCCAUGUUCCUCCUAGAACCUCCUCCUAACGGAACCGUCUCUGUUCUCCUCCCAGGAUCUGUCUCCGUCUCUCAGGAUGGAUCCUGUAAAGACCGACAUGGAGCUGCUCAGUAACAGCAUGGCCACCUACGCACACAUCAGAGCCAAUCCAGAGAGUUUCGCUCUCUACUUCAUGAUGGGCGUCUCAUUCGGGCUCUUCAUGGCCCUCUGCCUCCUGGUGGUCGGCAUCACCUGCAGGACCCAGCGCCGCAGAGGACCUCCUCCGUCCCCCGAGAGGAGGCAGCUCAAAGAGUCCAGCGAGGAGGAGGAAGAGGAUGAGAGCGUGUCAGAGGAAGAUGGGAUGGAGUCUGAGGGUAAAGUGACCCCGGGGCCCCUGAGUGAGCGGAGCAGCCAGUCUAACGGCACCCUAAGGAGCAUCAACGUGUUCACAUCUGCCGAGGAGCUGGAGAAGGCCCGGCGUCUGGAGGAGCGGGAGCGGAUCGUCCGGGAAAUCUGGAGAAACGGGCAGCCGGACAUUCUGGCCAGUGGGACAGGAACCAUUGGCCGCGUCCAUUACCACUAACCAGAAGACUCCAGCAGAGGGCGCUCUGCAUCAAUUAGAGAGGAACUACAGAAUCCUGGAUGGACCAAAACGCACAGACAGACGAGGGGAAACCGCAAAGAACGCAGGAUUCUGGAUCAGGUCAAAGGUCAUGAAAAGACAAUCGGGAAUAGACUGAACAGGUCAGGCUUGGAGGGAAGACUUGAUCUUCUGGAGUACAGGUGGUCCCGAUAUCAGUCCAUCCUUUCUGUUUCUGAUCUCGGUUAUUUAAAUAUAAAACCAUAAUUCAUUCAUUCACUUUAGAGAAGUUUCUAUCUAUUAAUUUUCAGUUAUGUUUGUUAUUUGUUUAUUAACUUUCUCCGGACUGUUUGGAGUCAAUAAAAUAAACUAGAUGAAUCCUUCAGUAGUCCAGCAGAGGGCGCUCCACUCUCCAUCUGUUGGUUUCUACUGAACCCAGGAAGACCUGUAGGAUCCCCGUUAGGAGUCCGGUCUGUUCUUCAGAACCUGGACCUUCUCCUCCAGC